GUUCAUCCAGCGCUGCGAAUUCACAGUUCACAUCAUAGGCGCCAGUGAUUUCCAUUUUAGGAAAUCUGCCGUCUGUACCUUCUUUAGUAUGCUGUACAAACCAGCCAAAUCUCGAUUAGGUAAAAUCACAAAAACCGGGUUAAAGGCUGCAGUAGCAAUAGAGUGUGUACUUUUUAUGAGCAGCUUCUCAGCGUGGCAAUUGUUGAAACACUCUAGAGAUUCCAGAUUUUUCUGUCACAAAUAUUGUCCCUACAUUUUGGACAAAUAUUAUGCAUUUGAAGAAUAUACCAGUCCUCAACUUGAGAACAGAAUAGCAGACCAGAAGGUCUGGGAAUACAGCGAGAAAUUAACCAAAUAAUCAUUCAUUUUCCAUGGCGUUUGUCAAGGUGGUACUUAUGCUGGCUGGUUCCUUUGGUUUCUCAUACGCAUUAUUUGCACUUAUAACUCCCAAAGAUCACGAAAUAAAGAAGCAACUGGGCCAUAGACCUGACCUUAUUACCGAGACCCCUUUUUUCGAGUCACUGCGCAAAGCUACUUUGAAAAAGAGAUCUAUGAACACAGAGCAGAAGACAUUAGAAUCCAGCGACAGUUCGUAAAUACCAAAAAUAUAUCAAGCGGCGUUGAAUAAUAUCUCCUGUCACAGUAAUGGAACCAUCUACCCUAAUAGAGGGUAGCUUACCCGAACGAAUAACCAAAAGAGAUCGGGAGCGCAAAAACGUAAUAGAGAAACGCAGAGAAGAGAGGCAGCAGCUUGCCGUGGAAUCCGAACAGUCUAGUUAUUUCAAAGAUGCAUUCUACGCGUCCUGUAAAACGAUUAAAGAUUUACUAGACGAUGCUUGUACAGCUUCACCAUCCGUGCUUCCUGCCAUAUUUGACAAAGCAAACAAGGAGAUACAGACAUUGAAGAACUUUCUUUCCCAAUCCAAAAUGUAUCUAAAGGUUUAUGACAUUCGCAGAGCACAGGAAAACCUGCAAUUACUUGAGAUCGAGGCGGAUGAAUUGGAGUUGAAAUUAUUGCCGAAGAAAAAAUUUGGAUUUAAAAAUCGUAGAGUAUUGAAAAAACCGUCGGAAAAAUGUCAUGAUGUCACUGACGGACUAAAGGAUCUCAAAAUAUCAGACAGCAUUGUAAAUAACGCGACGAACCAAAACAACAAACUUUCAAGCAAAUAUGGUGACAGUGCCUGUAUGAUAAUGGGAAAGGUGGAUGAGAAAUUGGUUCUGGAUGCGGAAAAUGUGAACAAAAACGACAUCUUACUCUCUGACCUAUCAGGGUGCUUCAUCAGGAUAUAUGGGGCGCCCAGUACGUUACAUAUGGUCAACCUACAAAACUGUACAGUCUUAGUUGGGCCAGUUUCCUCCUCUGUAUUUGCCGACAGAUGUAACGCCUGUUCCCUUGCUUUUGCUUGUCAGCAACUUAGACUGCAUACUUCCAUGAACUGUGACGUUUAUUGUCACGUUACAAGCAGAGCUAUCAUAGAAGACUGUUCGAAAAUACGGUUUGCACCCUACAAUUGGUCCUAUGACGAUCUUUCUAUACAUUUCAACUUGGCUGGGCUAGAUCAAAAAAUUAAUAACUGGCAAUUGGUGGAUGACUUCAAUUGGUUGUCGAACGAAAAACACUCGCCUAAUUGGUCCGUCUUGGAACCGGAAUUGAGAGUUAGGAAGUGGGAUUAGUUGGAACCCUACAAGUUAAAAGUGAAUUCAAUUAGUUUUUAGAUCGUAGAUAUUCAAUUUCUUUUUAAUUAGCAAUCGAUAUACUUACCUCAAUAAAUUAUUUACACGUGUACUUGGCUUUUUCACGAAAAUACAAUACACCUUAUUGCAGAA